AUGUUUUGCUGUAAAGAACUAAAACUACUCUAUGCCAUUGUUGUUCUAUUACUCGAAGCGGAUUUGUUAGUGAGCACAGGUGCUAUGGAGUCGAAGACGUCUUCCAUAAUGGUUACUCAGAACCCGGAUGACUUGCGGUCGCUAGAAGUGUGCACGACAAGGAACCAGCAGAGGUUGGGUAGUGUUUUCGGUAACUUCACGAGACAUCAUAAGAAAGGCCACAGAAGAAGAACAACAUCAACCAGCACAACAACAGAAGCAACAAUGUUUACAACAACAGAUGAAACAGAGCAUACAACAAAUGUUUAUAGCACAGCAUAUCCCCAGCUACCAAAACCACUUCGGCUCUCCGUCAUAGAUGAAUACGAUUCUGUACAAAGCAUAGAUAAUAUAAUUGACGAAGAAACACAUCAAAGACAUAAACACGAUAAGUUAGAUAGAGAAGUAGAGUUAGAAAUGGACGACGCAGUACUGCCUAAAUCUUUAAAUAAAGUUAAGAAAAUGUAUAGAGACUCAGCCGCAUCAGCGGUUAAUAAACUAAGUGGUAAAGUAAGCAAGAACGGAAUAUUUUUGACUGAGAAUUGUACGACUGUGAUCGCGCAAAUCGGUACGACGGCCAUCUUACACUGUGAAGUUAGCGAUAUCACUGAAAAUACGGUGACCUGGAUACGGCGGAAAGACUACUCACUCUUGUCUGUUGGUCUGGUAACUUAUAGUGCAGAUAGCAGGUUUUUCUCUGCGCAUGGAAGACAUGUUAAGGACUGGGCGUUACAUAUACGAUUCGCAACGUCAGCCGACGCGGGCUACUACGAAUGUCAAGUUCCUACACAUCCGCCGACCAGCAUUUUCUUCAAACUCGUACUAGUUGCGGCGUACGCAGAAAUAGUCGGCGAGUCCGAGAAAAUAAUUCACGAAGGGUCUAUGUUGAAACUGGUCUGCGUAGUGAAGAGGUCUACAGAACCGCCUUCAUACGUCUUCUGGUACUUCGAGAACAGAAUGAUUAAUUACGAUUUGAAUGGCGUUAGUGUCCACAAUGGUAGGCAUACCAGCGAACUAAUGAUCGGAAAGGCAGAGCCAAGACACGCUGGAAACUAUACCUGUGUUCCAGCAAAUGCUCGGGCGGCAUCAGUUACAGUACAUGUAGUACAAAGUGAAACACCAGCAGCGAUGCAGCACGGCAACAAUUCUACAGCAAAAAAUAAUGUUCAUUCACAACUUCUUGUUAUUCUGUUGUCUUUAAGAAUAAUCAUUUGGCAGAUCUCGCAAGAUUUUGGAUAA